AUGGAUGGUCAUGAAGGUUGUUGUGGCGGCGGAGGAAAGACGGAAAUGAUUCCGACGGAGGAAGCUCUGAGAAUAGUACUCGGUGUAUCCGAGCGGCUGCCUCCGGUUGUCGUAUCGCUGCAGGAAGCACUUGGUAAAGUGUUGGCGGAGGAUAUUCGUGCUCCUGAUCCCCUUCCUCCGUAUCCUGCUUCCGUCAAGGAUGGGUACGCGGUUGUUGCUUCAGAUGGUCCAGGAGAAUACACAGUGAUUACAGAGUCAAGAGCUGGGAAUGAUGGACUCGGUGUGACUGUUACUCCUGGGACUGUGGCUUAUGUAACAACUGGUGGACCUAUACCUGAUGGUGCCGAUGCAGUUGUCCAAGUUGAGGACACUAAAUUAGUUGGAGACGCCUCAUCUGAAUCAAAAAGAGUAAAAAUACUGAUUCAAACCAAGAAAGGCACUGACAUCCGCAGAGUGGGUUGUGACAUUGAGAAAGAUGCAACUGUACUAAAAUCUGGAGAAAGGAUUGGUGCCUCUGAAAUUGGCUUGCUAGCAACUGCAGGAGUAACCUUGGUGAAGGUAUAUCCGAUGCCAACAGUUGCUAUUCUCUCUACUGGGGAUGAACUUGUCGAGCCAACAACUGGGGCUUUAGGUCGUGGUCAGAUUAGGGACUCAAAUCGAGCAAUGUUAGUGGCAGCAGUGAUGCAGCAGCAAUGCAAAGCUGUUGACCUUGGAAUCGUUAGAGAUGAUAGAAAGGAACUUGAGAGAGUUUUGGAUGAGGCCAUUUCCUCUGGAGUUGAUAUUAUCUUAACUUCUGGUGGUGUUUCGAUGGGAGACAGAGAUUUUGUCAAGCCAUUGCUCAAAGAGAAAGGGAAAGUACAUUUCAGCAAGGUAUUGAUGAAACCUGGGAAACCUUUGACGUUUGCUGAGCUCACUGCAAAACCAACUAAAAGUAUGAUGGGAAAAACAGUUCUUGCAUUUGGAUUACCAGGAAAUCCUGUAAGCUGUUUGGUUUGUUUCAAUCUCUUUGUUGUGCCUACAAUCCGCCAGCUUGCAGGAUGGACAAGCCCCCAUCCACUGAGAGUGCGAGCUCGACUUCAGGAGCCCAUAAAGUCCGACCCCAUCCGUCCUGAGUUUCAUCGAGCCAUCAUCAAAUGGAAAGAGAACGAUGGAUCAGGGACUUCCGGAUUUAUUGCUGAGAGCACAGGACAUCAGAUGAGCAGUCGGCUUUUAAGUAUGAGGUCGGCUAAUGCUUUGUUGGAGUUGCCUGCUACCGGCAAUGUGCUUUCUGCUGGAACAUCUGUAUCAGCUGUAAUCGUUUCCGAUAUAAGUGGCUUCUCUAUAGACAAGGAACCCUCAUUAUCAGAACCGGAGUCUAUUCGAAAAGAAAAAAAGUACGAUGAAGUAGCUGGGCCUGAGUACAAAGUGGCUAUUCUUACUGUCAGUGAUACUGUCUCAGCUAGGGCUGGACCUGAUCGAAGUGGACCCAGGGCUGUAUCAGUGGUUGAUUCCUCGUCUGAAAAACUUGGAGGAGCUAAGGUAGUUGCAACAGCUGUUGUCCCCGAUGAAGUGGACAGAAUCAAAGACAUUCUCCAGAAAUGGAGCGAUGUUGACGAAAUGGAUCUCAUUCUUACACUUGGUGGUACCGGUUUCACUCCGAGAGAUGUAACACCAGAAGCAACAAAAGAGGUGAUCGAGAGAGAAACACCCGGUCUCCUCUUUGUUAUGAUGCAAGAGAGCUUAAAGAUCACACCAUUUGCGAUGCUCUCACGCUCUGCAGCAGGAAUUAGAGGCUCAACAUUGAUAAUCAACAUGCCUGGAAACCCAAACGCAGUGGCUGAGUGUAUGGAGGCUCUGUUGCCGGCGUUGAAGCACGCACUGAAGCAGAUUAAAGGCGAUAAGAGAGAGAAACACCCAAAGCACAUCCCUCACGCAGAAGCGACCAUACCGACUGAUACAUGGGACAAAAGCUACAAGUCUGCCUAUGAGGGAGGAGGAGAGGCGAAAGACGCUGGUUGUGGUUGUACUCACUGA